AAGCUUGACACAUGAAAACUUUUGCGGCAUUUUAAAGAGAUACUGAAAUUUAAUUUCAGAUUUUUUUGUUUGUUUUUGAAGAGACUUUGAAGACGGUCUUCUUUCGUAUGUAGCAAAAUGACACAUGCCUAUAUAUAUACACAUAUCCAUUGGCAUAUGUAUAUGUAUGUUCUCAAGCAUAUGCAGAUAAGAGCCAAACAAGAAACAAACUGUGUGUAUGUCUUUACACGAGUGUGGCCGACAUGCUAAGCAUAAAAAUAAAUCAAGUGUUAAAGCACAUUUGAACGAGGCGAAAAUUUAUGUUGUAGAAAUACAAGCAAAUAAACAAACGAACACAAGAGUAAAAAAGAAACCUUUAAUGUUCAAAUUCAAAUUAUCUAGUGCAAAGGGCAGAUUAAAAGAAAGUUACAAGGGAUUACGGAAUUUAAGCAAAUCCCCAUAAAAAUAACGAUAAAGGCUUUAAUGUCAGCAAAAAAUAUACAAAAGUGAUUUAUUGAAAAAAAUUUUAAGUUACUGGUGGUGAAAUAAAUCUUCAGUGAUUCAUUUAUUGCUGCCAACGUUUUGAAAAAGUUCGGAAAGUUAAGUUUAAACCAGAAAGGAUACAUUGCCCACGGCGGUGGUGACCCAAAAGUGGAGAGAACAUAUAAACUUACGAGCAACACGCACGCAUAUAAAAUUAACAGCCCAUAAAAAUGUAUGGCAUGCUGUACGAGAGUGUGGCCUUCUUUGUGCAAAAGGAGUAUGGCCAGGAGGUGUGGAAACAAGUUUGUCAUAUUGUCGAUUGCAAGUACAGCUCGUUUAAGACACAUCAAAUAUAUCCGGAUAAGCUGAUGCCAGAUUUUGCUGCUGCUUUGGCUGCCUGUACGGGAGAGACAUUUGAUUUCUUUAUGAAUUUCUUUGGCAAAUGCUUUGUGCGUUUCUUUAGUAACUUUGGGUAUGACAAGAUGAUACGUUCCACGGGCAGAUAUUACUGUGACUUUCUGCAAUCGAUUGAUAAUAUUCAUCUGCAGAUGCGCUUUACUUAUCCCAAAAUGAAAUCACCUUCCAUGCAGUUGACUCACAUGGAUAAUGAUGGGGCAGUGAUUGUGUAUCGCAGUGGCCGUACGGGCAUGUCCAAGUACUUGAUUGGGCAAAUGACCGAAAUCGCCAAAGAGUUCUAUGGCUUGGAUAUAAAGGCCUAUGUUUUGGAAUCGCAGAAUGACAUUGCGGGUGGCACAGCGGGUCCCAUCAAGUUGUCGGAUACACCCUUGACAGUCAUUGUCAAAUAUCGCCUUGACUUUGAUAAUCGCGAGUACAUGGCAAAGCGUGUGAAUUAUGUGGCACAUCCCUCGCAACAAAGUCUGCCGGCCAUUAACAUGGGUGUCUUCUUGGAACUGUUUCCCUUCACCAUUGUUUUGGACCACGAUAUGUGCAUCACACAUGCCGGUGAGAAGAUAGUUGAGACCUGGAUUCUUCACAAUCCCGGCAAGAAUCCCAAGACUUUUAUUGGCUCCCAUGUUAUGGACCUAUUCGAAUGUCGUCGUCCCAAGGGAACUAAAAUCGAAUGGGAGACCAUGCUGCAAAUGCGAACGGUGCUCUUCGAAUUCGAGUUAUUGCGAACGGGGCGCAAUAAGGCGGCCUAUAAUGCUGCCAUGAAUAUGGAUUUCGAGAAUUUCGAUGAAAUGGAAUUCUCCGAAGGUAAUACCGCUUUGCAAAAGGCCCACGAAGAGGAUGAUGACGAUGAAAUAGAUAUUGCCACGGGCGAGAGAAAGGAGUCGCAGAGCGUUAAAUCUAUUCUACUCAAAGGUCAAAUGUUCUACAUGAAAGAUCUGGACUCAUUGAUAUUCCUGUGUAGCCCUCUAAUAGAAAAUUUGGAUGAGCUGCAUGGCAUUGGUUUGUACAUCAAUGACCUUAAUCCGCAUGGUUUAAGUCGCGAACUAGUAAUGGCGGGAUGGCAGCAUUGCUCAAAGCUCGAAAUGAUGUUUGAGAAGGAAGAAAUGCGUUCCGAUGAGCUGGAGAAAUCUCUGGAUCUGGCCGACUCCUGGAAGAAACAAGGCGAUGAGUUGUUAUACUCCAUGAUCCCCAGACCUAUAGCAGAACGCAUGCGCAAUGGCGAGGAGGCUACUUGUCAAACAUUCGACGAAGUUUCCGUUAUAUUUAUAGAGGUCAUGAAUGUCUAUGAUGGUGAUGCCAAUAACCGUGAGGAUGCCAUGAUGGCUGUUACCACUUUGAAUAAGGUCUUCACAGCCAUCGAUGAGGAAAUCAUAUCGCCUUUUGUUUACAAAGUCGAAACGGUGGGCAUGGUGUACAUGGCCGUGUCGGGGGCACCCGAUAUCAAUCCCUUGCAUGCUGAGCAUGCUUGUGAUUUGGCAUUGCGCCUAACCAAAAAAGUCAAAGCUCUACAAAUACCAGAUCUCUCUAUACGAGUGGGCAUCAACUCGGGCCCCGUCGUUGCUGGUGUGGUUGGGCUCAAGGUUCCUCGCUAUUGUCUUUUCGGCGAUACUGUGAAUACAGCUUCACGCAUGGAAAGUACUAGUGAACCUUUUAAAAUUCAUUUGUCUUUUGACACGGCCAAGAAAGUACGCGAAGUGGGCUAUAGGGUUGAGUCGCGAGGUCAUGUCAAGGUCAAGGGUAAAGGAGAAAUGGAAACAUUUUGGCUGAUUGCUGCCCCCAAGGACUAAAAGCACAGCCGUGGUAUUGUAAGUCAAGGCAAAUGAGUAAUUUGUGACCAUGGCAAAAGAAAACUGAAAAAUAAAGGAAAAUACACAAAAAAUACAAUCCCUCGCACAUGAAAUGGAAAUAUAUUUAUUACAAAUAAAGAAAAACUAAUUACUAUGAUAUUAACUGUA